AUUCAUACCUGGUUCAAACAGACCUCACAUAUAUGUAUCAGUAUUGCCGGCACUGGAGAAUAUUUUAUAUGGGGACAAUUUAUCAGCUAUUAUAGCAAAGCAUACAAAUGUUAUUAAAGAUGUACUGGCAUGGUUACCAUAUGGUGUACUUCACUUUAUGCUACCGUUUUUUACAAGUUUGAGUCUUUGGUGGUUUGGUCCUCCUGGAAUAUUGGCGGUAUUUUCUAGAGCAUUCGGUUAUAUGAAUCUUGCCGGUGUAUUAACCCAAUUAGCGUUCCCUUGCUCGCCUCCAUGGUAUGAAUAUGUCUACGGGAUGAACACUCCCGCAUCUUACUCAAUGCCAGGCGAUCCGGGUGGUCUAGUUCGUAUCGAUGAAUUAUUUAAUUCAAGUACUUAUUCAUCAACAUUUGGGGGUUCUCCUAUGGUAUUUGGGGCAUUUCCUUCUUUACAUUCUGCUUGUGCUAUAAUCCAAGCUCUUUUUAUUUCUUAUGUAUUGCCAAAAACACGACCAAUUUGUUUCACUUAUGUACUUUGGAUUUGGUGGGCUUGUAUGUAUCUAACACAUCAUUAUAUGGUUGAUUUGGUGGGUGGUGGUGUUUAUGCGGUGGUAACAUUUUGGUUCUCUUGGGAUUACCUGCCAAAAAUUGAUCGCGAAUGUUUUAAUAGAUGGGAUUAUAUAAAUAAGAAUGAUUAUAAUGUCAUCGAUGGCAAUCCUCUGACGAUGACUUCUUACGCCAAUAAUAGACAUUCUACAAAUAAUGAUAGAGACGUUCAUCCUAAUGAUAGUUAUGAAAUUGAAAUUGCUAGUAGCACUUUGUGUGAUGAAAAUGACUUAUAUUUAGCGGAAAAUG